AUGGAUCCAUCGUUAGCGUCCAAUGCUCCCACCCCAUCGCGACGCGUUUCCCAGCGCCAGCCGCUAGCCUGCCGAGAGUGCACCAAAAGUAAGCGCAAAUGCAGCAAAACCAUUCCAUGCACCCGCUGUCGCAGGUUAAACCUCACCUGCUCGAGGGAGAUCGUCCAGCUGCGGCGAAACACCGCCCCCCACGGCGCGGAGAUCGACUUCCUCCACUCCCUGGUUGCCGACCUGGAUCUCCUCGUCGCCUCCACCCCCGCGACCUCCCCGCUCCCGGGCAUAAUAUCCAGGGUCCGGUCCAGAAUCGCCCAUCUGCGGACCGACGAUGGUGCCCCUCGACAACAACUGGUGAACACGCCGACACCGACCCCAAUGCCAAUGCCAAUGCCAAUGCCAACGCCGCCCUCUGGCCGCAAUGAAGGCGGUCAUCUCGAAAGGAACCCAUCCUUGCUGACCGCCAUUGAGCAUCUGGCAUGGGGCCGGGACUCGGCGGGGUGCUUCCCCCAUCUCCGGUGCGGAUGUCAGUACGGCAGCAGUGAUGCUGCACACCAGUUGGCCCUCCAUGGAAGCCUGCCGAUCACGGCGACCGGAUACGUGCCAAAUGCCCCCCGGGUCGAUAUGGCCAGUGCGGAGAAGCUCAUCCGCUUUCACCUAUGCCACAUGGCAUGGCACCACAAUUGCGUCCAUACGCCCACCUUUCUCGAACAAUGUGAGAUAUUCUGGAAGACAGGCCGGCCAGUCCACCCUCUGUGGAUGGCCCUCUACUUUUCCAUCCUCAGCUCGACUGUCUUUGCCAUACGGAUUAGCGCCAGGGCCCAGGCCUCCGCGGAUGUCGACUUGGACCUGGUGCCCCCAGCGGACGAGUUGAUGACCGCCAUGGUGGAAGCCCUCCACACCCACCACUUCCUUGAAGAUAUGUCCCUCUACUCGGUGCAGGCCAUUGUGAUCUCCACGGAAGUGGCGCAUAAUCUGGGCCGCAGCCAGUUGAACGCUACCCUCUUCAAUGCUGCCGUGCGCAUCGCCGAAUGCCUCGGGCUGCAUCGCAUCAAGGACUCUUCCGACAAGUCUAUCCCCACGGAGGAAAUCUGGAUCGAGACGGUGCAGCGUGAAGUCGGGAAGAGAGUCUGGUGUCAGAUGGUCAUCCAGGACAACUUCGCCAUCCCUUUCACCGACACCUACAGCAUCUCGCCCAUGCAGUACUCCACCGUGCCGCACCUGAAUGCAGAUGACUACGACCUCCUUGAGAUGCCGCGGACAGUGCCAACGGUCAGCACCUAUACCUGGGUGCUGCGAGACAUUGCAGUCCUGAUGCCGUCGCUGGCUGAUGGACUAGGCCCAAUGAGCCAGCCGCGGUCACGUCGCGAACAGUACGAGCAUGUGCUUUCCGUCGACAACAGAAUGCGGUCCGUGGUCAAACAAAUCCCCUCCUUUCUGCUGGGCCGGGAUGCGGAGAAGGAGGCAGAAAUCCCCUGGCUGGGGAUUGCCCGGCGCAGUCUCGCCAUCACCGCCGCAGAGAAGAUCAUCAUGAUCCACCGCCCGUUCCUGUUUCUCUCCUUUCAGUCCCCCUCCUACGAGUACACGAGGCGGACGUGUGUCGCGGCGGCGAUAACUAUCCUCCGUGAGCAUGAGAUGAUUAUCAACGAAGGUGACUUUUUCGUCUGGACCCAUUCGGCCUUCUGUGUCACGGCGGCCAUCAUCCUCUGCUUCCAGGUUAGUGCCUCGAGCAGCACGGAUCCCGCGACCAACGAGUUCAGAUUAGCCAUCUGGGCGGCGCGCAACCGGCUCGCGGCUCAGACGAACGAUGUUCUCGCCCAGCGCGGGGUUGCCCUGAUCGAUGCCAUCUUCUCGUCCGAAGCAAACCCGGACCUGGAUUUCUAUCGUGCCGUCGCCGAGUUUCUACGCCUCAGUCAGUCUACGCCCAAGACAUCCGAAACUACCCCGGUGUUUGCGGACUUGUCGGACCCUCAUGCGAUUGGAACAGAUGUGGGGCCUGCUCUACCGAUCCGUUUGGACCGAAGCUUGGACGAUGAUGAUUUUGAGACGUGGUUCAACAAUAUUUUCUAUCAAAUAAGCGGUGAACAGACACUCUAA